CCAACUCAGCCAACUUCCUUUUCCUCCUUGUUCAUAAGCCACCCACCAUCCUCCCCCAAGACACAAAGAAAUAUAACUCGUCAUCCAUAGCCAAAGCUUGCCAAAUAGCAAAGCCUUUGUCAUCUUUUCAUGUGCAUCUCUUCCACUGCAAUGAUCAAGUGACUCCUCUCAUCAACCCAAGCUUACUACACAGGCAUCAGCACCAAAGCUUUAUGUCACCUACCCAAAUUUCCUGAACGAAUUCAGCUUCUCAUCAUUUCUUCUCUUAUUCCUUCCAUUGAAACAAGGUACGCAGCCAAUUUCCCAUUCAAUGGCAACCAUGAAGGCCAAGGUCCCAAACUACCUCAACCUAAAGUUCCUCCUCCUAGGCUUCGUCCUACUCUUUCUCCUCCUCCUCUUACUAAGACCCAACUCAUCUUCUCCAGCUCCACCAAGCACAACAGAAAGUAGCCAAAUUAGCCCAUCAAAUGUAGGAACAGCAACUUCGUGCACAAAGCUUCCACAGUCCCUGGCAAACACCAUCAUCCACUAUGCAACCUCAAACACCACUCCCCAGCAGACCUUCGAGGAGAUAUCUGUAACAGCCAGAGUCUUGGAAAAGAAGGCCCCGUGCAACCUCCUGGUCUUUGGCCUCGGCCAUGACAGCGCCAUGUGGAGCGCACUCAACCAUGGAGGCCGCACAGUCUUCCUCGAGGAAGACGAGUCAUGGAUGGAGAUCGUCCGACAGAAGUCCCCGAUGUUGGAAUCACACCAUGUGACGUAUGAUACCAAGGUGACCCAGGCAGAUGAUCUCUUGGAGCUGAGGAGGAAGCCAGAGUGCACCGCGGUCGGCGACAUGAAAUUCUCCAAGUGUCAUCUGGCAUUGAAGAGGAUGCCGAGCGUGUUCUUUGAGGUGGAGUGGGACCUGAUCAUGGUGGAUGCACCCACCGGGUGGAUCCCGGAGGCACCAGGGAGGAUGGGAGCAAUAUACACUGCGGGGAUGGCUGCGAGGGCGAGGAGCGAGGGGGAGACCGACGUCUUCGUGCAUGAUGUGGAUCGAGUUGUGGAGGACAAAUUCUCGAAGACCUUCUUGUGUGAGGGGUACCUGAAAGAGCAGCAAGGCAGGCUGAGGCAUUUCAUCAUUCCCAGCCACAGGACUGGCUCGGACAUGCCCUUCUGUCCCUGAUGGAGGAAAGAAAGAGCUUGGGAUGUAGGAAGAGAUCUUUACUGCUACUGUUUUCUGGGUUAUAAUUCAGCAUUGUUGUUGAAGGGCACGAGGCUAUUUGGAUCUUGAUGCAAAGGGUUCACCAUUUUGUUAUGGAUUUUAUCACAUUUAUCUUGAUGAGAUUGGUGUAAACUAGAGGUUUAUUUCGCUUAUUAUUUUCUUCCAUUCCGUACCUCCAUAUGAAUUUCUCUUUCUUCAUUAAAAAUUCACAUGCCUUGCUGAUUUUGUCUUCAA